UCCGACAGGCGGUGUGUACAGCAGGAUCCCUGUACUCCCGGAGCCCCGCUUGCUCCACGCGCACCCCAGCAGUCUGUGUCUGCUCUUCCUCGGCUCGACGGCGACAUGGGUGUCCCCACGGUCCCAGAGGCCUGCGGCUUGCGCUGUGGGACCCUGCUCCUCGCUCUUUUCCUGACUGCAUCCAGAGGUCCAGCAGCGGCCUUCAAGGUAGCCACCCCGUAUUCUCUGUACGUGUGUCCUGAAGGGCAGAACGUCACCCUCACCUGCAGGAUCCUGGGCUCUGUGCCCAAAGGGCACGACGCGACCUUCUACAAGGCAUGGUACCUCAGCUCGCGAAGUGAGGUUCAAGUAUGCAAAGAACAUCGGCCCAUACGCAACUUCACGGCCCAGCACUUUCGUCCACACCAUGGAAGCCACCAGAUGGCCAAUGCCAGCCACGACCAGGCCCAGGCCCACGGGCUCGAGUUAGCUUUCGACCACCACGGUAACUUCUCAAUCACCAUACACCAUGUGACUCUGCAGGACAGCGGUGUCUACUGUUGUCAGGUGUUAGAAAUCAAGCACCACCACCUAGACCAACGGUCCUACGGGUACAUGGAGCUGCAGGUACAGACAGGCAAAGACUCACCAUCGACAUGCACCGCAUACCCAUCUAACGAGCAGGAGAGUGACAGUAUCACAGCUGCAGCCCUGGCCACGGGUGCCUGCAUCGUGGGGAUCCUCUGCCUGCCACUCAUCCUGCUGCUGGUCUAUAAGCAGAGGCAGGUGGCUUCUCACCGCCGUGCCCAGGAGUUGGUGACGAUGGACAGCAACACCCAAGGUAUCGAAAACCCAGGCUUUGAGAACACCCCACCCUUCCAGGGGAUGCCCGAGGCAAAGACCAGACCCCCACUGUCCUAUGUGGCUCAGCGGCAACCUUCGGAAUCAGGACGGCAUCUACUCUCUGACCCCAGCACACCUCUGUCUCCUCCAGGCCCUGGGGAUGUCUUCUUUCCAUCCCUAGAUCCAGUCCCUGACUCCCCUAACUCUGAAGUCAUCUAAACCAGCUUGGGGACCACGGACAAUGGUACCUGGAUUAGGGGCAGGUGCAUUUGAUCUAUGGCUGGCCUUUUAAACAGACCUUUAGGCAUUGGCCCCAGCCUCCCCUCUCCUGAUCUGAGUCUAGACUUCGCUUUACAAGAUGUGUGGACCCUCCCCACUACCACUUCUGGAUGCUACACGGGGUUGGGGCGGGGUGGGGAGAAGAUGCUGGACUGCUCAUUGCUGUUCUCAAGAUCUUGGGGUGCCCAGUGCUCCCUAGAGACUUCACAUUGCCAGCACAGAUGCCAAAUGACUUUAGAAGUCCCGGAGUAUCCGGCUUGGCAGCAGCUUUUCUUCGUGGGAACCAGCAGCCCAGAUGGGAUGAGGUAACCACCUUGCCACCCUCCCAAGCAAGGGACACAAGCCAUGAGAGACUCCUGCCCUGCUGUGGAUAUGUGGUUGACCUGCUCUUUUGUCUGAGGAUGCUCUGUUGGCCUGACUAUCCCCGAGACUCUGGAGCUUGGCUUGCCUAUGCCCCACGAGGGGAGCUUCCUCAACAGCCUGCCAGCCAUUUGAGGGUCUGUCAACAGUUUAAGUGACUCUGGGCUCUCAUGGCCUGUAUGGCAGUCCGCAGAGUUCAAUGGCCAAAGGCUCUGAAACAGGAAGUACAUGUUGUGUCCAGGA